UUUAAACUAGUAGGCAUGUGUGUCCGUUAUUAUGCUCUUAUCUUGCAAGCUUAGUGAUGCUGGGGCCAAGUUUCUGUAAUCACAUUUCAUUGUUGCCAGUUGCCCCCUGUUAGGGGGCGCUGGAGGGAGACUGGAAGACUGGAUAACAAAUAAGAGAUUGCUCCUUCCUGUUUGUUUAUGGAAUUUUCUAGAGGCUUCCUGUCAAGUUGCAGCUUUCCUAAGAGGCCCACAAACACUUCAGUCUCAGCAGAGGCAGUUCCUUCCCACAGCAGCUCUGUCCAAUUUGCAGCUUUACCAACACUUGGAGAGCCAGCUUUAUUGUACCUGCCCCUCCCAGAGGCAUUAGUGCCAGCUGGACACUUUUCUUCCUCAGGUUAUAGUAGGACCAUGGAUCUGUUUGGAGACAUAGGUGACAUUUCUUCAGACAGCGAUGGGGACAAUGAACAAUCCAUUCCAGGGCAGCCUCAUGAAGAACAUGGAGUGCCUCAGGACCAACAGGAGGAAGAGCCGAUUUCUGAAGGCAGAAUAGAAAUAGAAAUCCCCAAUGUCAACUCUGAUUUGGGAAAUGAAUUGUACUUUGUUAAACUACCCAGAUUUCUCAGCAUAGAAUCCAAACCUUUUGAUCCUCAGUAUUAUGAAGACGAAUUUGAAGGUGUGAAAGUGCUUGAUGAGGAAGAUAGAACCAUGUUAAAAUUGAAGGUGGAAAAUACUAUAAGAUGGAGGAAACGCCGGGAUGAGGAAGGAAAUGAAAUUAAAGAAAGCAAUACUCGGAUAGUCAAGUGGUCAGAUGGAAGCCUUUCCCUGCAUCUGGGCAAUGAAGUGUUUGAUGUCUACAAGGCCCCCCUGCAGGGCAAUUACAACCACCUGUUCGUUCGAGAAGACACAGGUCUACAGGGACAAGCCGUCUUCAAAGCCAAGCUCACCUUCAGACCUCACUCUACAGACAGUGUCACACAUAGAAAGAUGACCCUGCUGCUUGCUAAUAGAUGCUCAAGGACGCAGAAGAUUAGAAUCUUACCAAUGGCUGGUUGUGAUCCUGAGUGCCAGCGCACUGAAAUGAUUAAGAAAAAGGAACGUUUGAGGGCUUCUACUCAGCAGACAGUCCAUCUGUGGGAGGGGCAGAACCAGCAGGGGCUGGGUGUCCCCUACCAGGACCCCAAUAAUGUCCAUGAGGAAGAGGAAGGCAUCAAAGCUGUGAAAAACCAUAACCAAGGGGACCUUUGAGGAGGUGAGCCCUCCAGAAAAAGAAGAGCAGAGGUUAAAGAGGAAGAACAUGAUUCAAGUAUGAAGUGUGUGCUCAUUGUGUACAGUUGACCCUUGAACACAGAUCUGAACUGCGCUGGUCCAUUUACACACGUUUUUUUGAUAUAAUGUAUUUUCUCUUCCUUGUAGCUUUCUUAAUAGCAUUUUCUUUAGCUUACUUUAUUAUGAGCAUAGUAUAUAAUACAUUAAACAUGCAAGAUAUGUAUUAACUGUUAUCAAUAAGGCUUCUGGUAAAGAGUAGGCUAUUAGUAGUUAAGUUUCUGUGGGUCAAAAGUUGUAUUUGGAUUUUCAACUGUGCAGGGUUUGGGCACCCCUAACCCCAACAUUGUCAGCUGCAUAUUAUUUUCCACAGUUUUUUAAUAAUUUUUUUAAUGUUUAUUUUUGGGAGAGACAGAGCAUGAGCAAGGGAGGGGCAGAGAGAGAGGGAGACACAGACUCAGAAGCAGGAAGCAGGCUCCAGGUUCCAAGCUGUCCGCACAGAGCCUAACAGGGAGCUCAAACUCAUGAACCACAAAACCACAACAAGCUGAGGUCGGACGCUUCACUGAGCCACCCAGGUGCCCCAUCAACAGUUUGUUUUAAAGCAAUGAUUAAAUGACUUGUUUUGAUUGAAAUGAUAAAUCGAGUUGCUUUUGCAUAAUCCUAGUUGUGAAUAAAAAAUGUUCAAAAGCAAGCCUGUGACUUUAGAAGAUCCAUUUUUCCCAAGGAAGAAACUUGUUUUGGUAACUGUUUGCUCUGGGUCUUAGGUUUUUGUGCAUUUCAGCUGCUCUGCCCCACCUCAUCCUCCCGGCUGGGCCCAAAGGUGGGCUUAGGUUCGGGUCAGGUAUCGCAUCUUCCCAUAUGUCCUCCUGUCCUGCCUAGCUGUGUUCAGGCCUCUUCUGUGCUUUGUCAUCUCCACCGGCAUGGCACCACCACUGACCACCUCGCCCUGGAUCUUGUCAGAGCAGGUACAGCAUCAGAGGGCUCAUUGGACACUGGGUGCUUUGCCUAGUGCUGAACUGGUCCUACCAGUUCUAGUCCUCAGAACAACGUGAAAGGUGGGUACUCUUAUUUCCAUUUGGACCUGAAAGGUGGGGUCGAAAGAACUUUGAGACCUCUAUCCAAAGCUUUUUCCUCCCAAGUAAAAAAAUCAGCAUUUUUGAGAGAAGGGUCAUGAGCUUUUAUAUGGAGCAAUCACAAGGUUAAGCAGAUACAUUAGUGGCCUUCUGGAGAAAGACACCCAAAAUACCUGAGAUAAACAGUCACCAUAAAAUUUAGAGAAAAGAGCAGUGGGAAACAAAAUACUAGAUUUGACUCCUGGCUUUGUGACUGGCACACCAGCUGGAAUAUAAUGGGUACCUGAUAAGUAUUUACUGAAUGAACAAGCCAAAGGUCUUAUCUUGGGCAAGUUACUUGACUUUCUGAAGUCCGUCUCCUCAACUCAGUGGGAUUUGGACUUGACCAUGUAAAUCCUUCAUGAUUUACAUAGUUUUUAUUUCUCUACCUCCGCAAGUUGAUACUAAUUGGAUGUAUUUUAAAAAAUGUAUUAGAGACUCAUUCAGAACACUAAGCACCAGCACGGUUUAAUCCUAAGGCCAGCUACUUCUCGCAAGGGUUGGCCCCAAGGCUCGGCUAAGUCUGCAAACAGGCCCAGGGCUGGGAUCUCUAGGCCCUCAACCCUUGCAGAUGUAAAGGAAAGCUUCACAUUUGAAGGAUAAAAGAUGUUUGGUGAUUUUGGACCCACGAGUGUUCGGCCGCCCUCACUAUUUGGUCCCUAAAAGAGCAGAGGCCACUGUGCUAGGCCUAAGAGCACUGUCUCUCCAUGGCCACUCGGACUCACGGGAGCUGAGUCACCUGCCAGGGCAAGUGCCCGAGCCUCCUUACCUGGCCGAGAGGACAGGCAGCAAGACCUCCUGCAGGAGAAAAUGAGCCCAAAGGCCAUUCUCCCAAGGCCAGCCAAUAUUAAAGAUGUAAGGGGACGGUGCUCGUUCGCAAAGGUUCCAGAGCUCUGAAAAUGUUAAUUUGCCACUUACCCCUAAAAGAUUCCUCAAACCCUUUACAACACAUUUCACUGAUUUCCUCUUUUGCUUGGUAGAUUUGGGUGACUGGUAAUUAAGGUCUUUGCUGUAAAAAUAAUUUGUAGUUUAUUAGAAUUGGCUCCCAUCACGUCCAAAAUGUGAUGUAUCAUAGGACCCUGUUUCUUCACAUUUGUCAACUCAAUUCACUUUUAUGGACAGACCAGACUGAGAACUGAUGGUAUUUCAAGCACAUAAAAUUACUAUUUUUAUGGGUAGAAAUGGUCAAGUAUUGACAGUUUAUGGUUUCAUAUAAUAGAGUGGGAUAGAAUAACUGGGAAAAUAAUAAGCUUGUUUCUGAAAAGGCAUGUAAGAAAUGAACUUUAGAACAUAGGAACUGAAGGGAUUUUUUUCACACAGUCCAAGUGUAUAGAAUAUUUGAUAAACUUUAUUGAAAUUAUUUCAGUAUGAAGUCUAAGUUCUAAAUGCCUACAGUACACAGUUUUCAAAAGAAACUUGACUAUUAACCAAGUUUAAUAAUAUUUUGUAAUAUUUAUCAGUAUAUUUAUCAGUAAAUAUAUCAGUAAGUAUAUUUACUGAUAAAUAUUUACUGAGUCACCCAGGUGCCCCAUCAACAGUUUGUUUUAAAGCAAUGAUUAAAUGACUUGUUUUGAUUGAAAUGAUAAAUCGAGUUGUUUUUGCAUAAUCCUAGUUGUGAAUAAAAAAUGUUCAAAAGCAA